GAAGGACGUCUGCCAAAUGAUUAAAAAGGAGACACCCACGCAAGUUACAAGAUAUUAGCAGAUAAGCAACUUAUGGAAACCAAACCUUCAUUGCUUCUUAUCCUCUACUGCUUUCUCUUGGCAUCGUUUCUCUUCUUCCCACAUGGAGCAGACUCUCGUAAACUACUGCAGGGGGAAGAAGAAGAUGGCAAUGGACCAAAAAAAGCGGGAGUAAGAAGAAGUCCUUCAAGAUCAGCACCAUCUUGGGUAGGCCAUGAUUCUCCUCCCAAUUCUCCUCCCUCGCCGCCUUCACAGCAGUCAUUUGAAAAUCAAGUGCGCAGUGAAGCGGAACAAGAAGCCCAACGUGAAGCUUGCGAGUAUUCCCGUAGUUAUACUAAUGCUUAUUGUUCUCCUUAAUUUUAAAAGCCUUAAAGCCGCCACACCCAACAAUUAAGAGUCUGUCUUGCGCUUUCGAUCCUUCCGGACCUGGGUAUAGAUGUUAUCUACUUUGUUUGUGUACCGAGUACUGUGUGUUUUUAUAUGAGAAAUUAGAGUGCCACAAACUAAAAAAAAAAAGAACUUCAAUGUUGAAAGUUCAAGUAUUAGUUGUUGGCGGAUACAUGCAACAUUAAACAUCAGUUCCAGGUUAGUUAAAGAACUGUUUAAUCUCUGUUAAGUGUAUACUCUUUCUAAUUACUUAGAUUACAAGCUUUUGUUAUGUAUGCUAAACUAUAAAAAUAGUUACUUUUGUUUGUCUCA